AUGCUACAAUCAAUGUCGGCGCAUUUGAUGGCCGAGACGCAGCUGGGGAUCCGAAGGGGCUCCACACGAAAGGAUGCCUUGCCAGGCCCGUCUCUAGUUCUGCCACCACCCACAGAGCCUCCAAUCACUGUUAUGAAUGCACCGUUGACCCCACCCAAUAAUCCGAUAGGAUGGGCGAUGUUCAAUCCGUUACCACUGAGGAAAGGACUGCCGAUCAAGCAGCAACAUGUUGUCACACAGCAACAUGCAGCAACACAUACGCUUAAAGGU